AUAACUUCGAGCAAAGCUUUGGGUUAACCUGCGCCAACGCCACCUUCAACCAACUGUUGAUCCUGAACAUUUUUAUGAAGCGCACCACCACCUACAAUACAUAUUAUCAGAGUCCUAUCGAUGGAACAGAACGGCAAUAUCGCCCAACCUCGAGUGAAUACGGCUAUUGUAUGGACUCUUUGUUCGGUGAUGCUUGAAAACCCCCACGGCUUGGGCUAUAGAAUUGUCCACAUUGAGGCAACUGCGGCUUUUGCUGAUCUACAUGCCAUGGUAUAUUUCAAGUUGACCGCUAAGACAAUCACUGAGCUUCUCAAAACAUACACACAUCAACAUUCUGGAUAUAACAUACAUAGUUGGUUGAAAGGCUACAGAUACCUUUUUUCAGUAUUAGCCGAGUGUUGGUGUUGUAUACACUUUGGAGACUUGCAGGAUUUUUGGGAUACAGAGGAGGAUGGUGAACUACCGCUCAAUAUCUGCAACAGUGUUAAGUUAGACGUGCUGGGACUACUUUCCUCUUUAGGAUUAUAUGAUAACUAGCCAGCCCAUCAUAUAUGAACGUGUUUUACGUCAGAAACUCGAUAACUAGCUGAGUCUGAAGACAAAAGUAUCGGAAAGCAGAAUCCCAUAUUUCGCCACUACGUUUUUAUUGGUGCCUUGGUGGUCUUACGCAUAAUGUUGAGUCAACCUUCUCCGCAAGACCCCCUUCUAUUCUUAC